CUUCACUUCUCCUCCGGACCUCUUUCCGCACCUGCCUUUCUAGGCCCUGGCAGAAUCUGGGUUCACCACCUCUGUACCUUUCCGCUGGGAGCCGCAAGCAAUACCCGGCGAGUGGAGCGUGAAUUCCCUGGCCCGGGGCCGACCGGGCAUGCGCAGUGGCGGGAGCGCGGGAGCUAGCCGGGCGCGGCGAGCCAGCCGCAGAGCUGACCAGCAGGCGCCGGGAUCCCGGGCGCGCUGCAGACAUCUGGGGCCGGACCGCCGGGCAGAAAUAAAGACCCAAAGGUAUUCUGCCUUUGUCCCAAAAUGGAAAACAGUACCACCACCAUUUCUCGGGAGGAGUUGGAAGAACUUCAAGAAGCAUUUAAUAAAAUAGAUAUUGACAACAGUGGAUAUGUAAGUGACUAUGAACUUCAGGACCUGUUUAAGGAAGCCAGCCUUCCCCUGCCUGGUUACAAGGUGCGCGAGAUUGUUGAGAAAAUUCUAGUGGUUGCUGACAACAACAAAGAUGGCAAAAUCAGUUUUGAAGAAUUUGUUUCACUAAUGCAAGAGUUAAAAAGCAAAGAUAUCAGCAAAACAUUCCGAAAAAUAAUUAACAAGAAGGAAGGGAUUACCGCGAUUGGAGGGACAUCAUCCAUUUCCAGUGAGGGCACACAGCAUUCUUAUGCAGAGGAAGAAAAAGUGGCUUUUGUUAACUGGAUAAACAAAGCCCUGGAGAAUGACCCUGACUGUAAGCAUCUCCUGCCCAUGAAUCCCAAUGAUGGCAGUCUCUUUAGGUCCCUUGCAGAUGGCAUUCUUCUUUGCAAAAUGAUCAACUUAUCUGAACCAGAUACAAUUGAUGAAAGAGCUAUUAACAAGAAAAAACUCACUCCUUUCACUAUCUCUGAAAACUUAAACUUGGCCCUGAAUUCUGCCUCUGCGAUUGGCUGUACUGUGGUCAACAUUGGUGCCCAAGAUCUCAAGGAAGGAAAACCUCACUUGGUCUUGGGACUUCUCUGGCAGAUUAUCAAAGUUGGCCUUUUUGCUGAUAUUGAGAUUUCCAGGAAUGAAGCUCUGAUUGCAUUGCUAAAGGAAGGUGAGGAACUAGAGGAGCUGAUGAAGCUUUCUCCAGAGGAGUUACUGCUGCGAUGGGUGAACUACCACCUGACCAAUGCUGGCUGGCGCACCAUCAACAACUUUAGCCAGGACAUUAAGGAUUCAAGAGCCUAUUUUCAUCUAUUAAAUCAGAUUGCACCUAAAGGUGACCGGGAUGAUGGACCUGCCAUCUCCAUUGACCUUUCAGGAUUUAAUGAGAAAAAUGACCUGAAGCGUGCUGGAUUCAUGCUCCAAGAAGCAGAUAAACUGGGCUGCAGACAGUUUGUCACUCCUGCAGAUGUGGUUUCAGGCAAUCCUAAACUUAAUUUAGCUUUUGUAGCUAACCUUUUUAACACUUAUCCAUGCCUAUACAAGCCUAAUAAUAACAGCAUCGACAUGAAUUUAUUGGAAGGUGAGAGCAAGGAAGAGAGAACAUUUCGGAACUGGAUGAAUUCUUUGGGGGUCAACCCAUACAUUAAUCAUUUGUACAGCGACCUUGCAGAUGCUCUAGUGAUCUUCCAGCUCUAUGAGAUGAUCCGAGUGCCAGUGAACUGGAGCCACGUCAACAAACCUCCUUAUCCUGCUCUUGGAGGGAACAUGAAGAAGAUUGAAAACUGCAAUUAUGCAGUGGAACUAGGAAAGAAUGAGGCCAAAUUCUCUUUGGUUGGCAUUGCUGGACAGGACCUAAAUGAAGGAAAUGCAACACUUACUCUGGCAUUGGUGUGGCAGCUGAUGCGAAGGUACACGUUGAAGGUGUUAUCAGAUCUUGGAGAGGGUGAGAAAGUAAAUGAUGACAUUAUUAUUAAAUGGGUCAAUGAGACUCUUAAAAGUGCAAACAAAAGGACUUCUAUUUCUAGCUUCAAGGACAAAUCCAUUAGCACGAGUUUACCUGUCCUAGACUUAAUAGAUGCUAUUGCACCAAAUGCAAUUCGUCAAGAAAUGAUCAAGCGAGAAGACCUCUCAGAAGAAGACAAACUUAACAAUGCUAAAUACGCCAUCUCAGUUGCUCGAAAAAUUGGUGCCCGGAUAUAUGCCUUACCAGAUGACCUUGUAGAAGUGAAAUCAAAGAUGGUUAUGACGGUGUUUGCAUGCUUAAUGGGAAAAGGACUGAACAGAAUAAAAUAAUGAAAUGCUAACAUCAUUCUGCCACAACAAAUACACUGGAUGCCUCAGUUUACAGAAUUCUGAAAUGUAGUGGGUAUAAAACCAGAUUACUUGUAUGCUCAAGCUAGCUAUAUAACUCUCAUCAACGAAAUCAAUAUCCUGUUCGUACUAGUUAACAUUUGUCAUGUUUUUUGGAUGACAGUUACUUUACCAAUCAAUUUUGAUAACAGAAUAUGUUCAUUGUCAAAUUGGUGUUAUGAUUAAAUUAUUUUUCAUCUCUGAAAAUACCAUUAAUGCAUCUAUUCUUUUACAUGGUUCAAAUAAGAUCAAUAUAAGAAAUUUGUGUAUA